AUGCGAGACGGGUCCAGACCCGGCCCGAGUGGAGGCUCGACAGGGCUGGCUUCGGACAAGGAUUUAGAAGGCACCCCAACAGAUGACAGCAGUUAUGAAGAAUUUGCAUCACUAAAAUCAAUUCUACACUUCCCCGAAGAAGUGGCGUUACGACUCAGCGAUACGGAAUACAAAAUGUUCUAUCAGGCAAGUAUUACCAUGUAA